GGACGUUGCAAGCGGGCAGCUUAUAACGUAGAAUAAGAUGUAAUGGUUCGCCGGGUCUGAUGACUGAUUUUUAAUACCUCUUCUUACAAUAGCGUCUCAGACCGCAUGAACAAGAUAGCCUGACUGCGUCCGGCUCGAAAGGAAGACGCGCGACCAGCAGCGAGAGCUUCCUAACUUCGCCCCCGCCUCUGACUGUGGUGCGGGCGUGCGCCUGGUGGAAAGGGGGCCAGAAAGUGGGGCCUAUUGUGCUCCGCUCUCCUUGCCCCGGGCCGCUUCAGCCAGUGCGUCUGUUAAAGGAAAGCCCUUCUUCCUCCUCCAGACUGGCGAGAGAGCCUGUGCGGCCGGUCCUCUCGGAGGAAGGGGUGGGCGGGGGCCGAUGCCACUCCAGGGUCAUCCUGGCCCCGGGGUCACGUGCCUGGUCUGGCUCACGUGGCCGGAACAGUUCUGAGGUUUGGGGUCGCCCUCGAAAGCCGCCCUCACUCGAGUCACCCUGCUGCUGACAAGGAAGGUAAAAGCUGCAGGAUAAUACACUUGAAAUACGAAUAAGCUACACCUUCAAGGACCUCAGGAGCAUUUGUCUCUUAACCAAUAAUAUAUUCCCAAGUUCACUUAGAGGAAAAGAGACUCUAAGGUCUUGUGCAGACUUUUCUGUAAGACCUAAUUCCACCGAAGUUAAUGCCUUGGGAAAAUAACUGAUUUGCCAGCCAUCUGAGAUUUGAAGCAACUUACCAUGCUCUGUAGAGAAAUGACUCACUGGGAACCAUUCCAAUGGCUGGUGGAUAAAACUCGGAAGAACCACUGCCAUUCUGUAUUGGAUGUUUAGAGAACAAAUGGAUACUUGGGAACGUAAAGCUUAGAAAAUUCUCCUAUGGAUUCCUGACAGCAAAAAUCUCCACAGUCACGUCGGAACAUUUCCACCACCAUCGCUCCUUUGGAAACUGAUUGCCUGGUUCCCUGGGGGCACAUGAUGUCUCUGCCUUUUUAUCAGAAACUUCACGAGCACUAUGAUCGCAGCUACCGCAACAAAGACCUUCGCACCACCAUGAGCCAGUACCAUCAGGAGAAGAAAAGCUCGGCCAUCUAUACCCAUGGCUCCACUGCCUACAGCAGCCGCUCCUCCGCUGCCCACCGCCAGAAGUCCGAGGCCUUCAGCCAGGCGUCCACCGCGUCCUACCAGCAGCAGGCUUCCCAGGCCUCCGAGUUUGCCCUCUCAUCUGCAGUCAGUCAGAAGGCUGCCUCAGCCUACGACUAUGGCUACUCCCACGGACUUACAGAUUCCAGUCUGAUGUUAGAAGAUUAUUCAUCCAAGUUGAGCCCCCAAACAAAGAGAGCCAAGAAAAGCCUUCUUUCUGGAGAGAAGGAAGAAAAUCUGCCAAGUGACUACAUGGUACCCAUUUUCUCAGGACGCCAAGUGCAUGUCAGUGGAAUUACAGACACAGAAGAAGAAAGAAUUAAAGAAGCUGCUGCUUACAUAGCCCAGAGGAAUCUCCUUGCUAGAGAGGAAGGAGUCACGGCAGCCAAGCAGUCCACAGUAUCCAAACAGUCCACGUCCAUGCUUCGCCAGGAGGAAGGUUUUGAGAAGUCAAGGAAAGUUGCAAUUCGAGAAAAGGCAGAACACCUGUCACUGAAAAAAACGUUAGAAGAAACUGAGGCAUAUCAUAAAAAGUUGAAUGAAGAUAAUCUUCUCCAUGCUCCUGAAUUUGUCAUUAAACCUCGUUCCCACACUGUUUGGGAGAAAGAAAAUGUAAAAUUACACUGCUCUGUAGCCGGCUGGCCAGAACCUCGUCUCACAUGGUAUAAAAACCAGGUGCCAAUAAACGUCCAUGCAAACCCUGGAAAGUAUAUUAUCGAAAGCCGAUAUGGAAUGCACACUCUGGAGAUAAACGCAUGUGAUUUUGAAGACACCGCUCAGUACCGGGCCUCGGCGAUGAAUGUUAAAGGAGAGCUUUCAGCAUAUGCUUCGGUUGUGGUAAAGAGAUAUAAGGGAGAGUUUGAUGAGACUCGCUUCCAUGCGGGGGCUUCCACCUUGCCCCUCAGCUUUGCUGUGACCCCUUACGGUUAUGCGUCCAAGUUUGAGAUCCACUUUGAUGACAAGUUUGAUGUGUCUUUCGGGAGAGAAGGCGAGACAAUGAGUCUAGGCUGCCGUGUAGUUAUCACUCCUGAAAUUAAACAUUUCCAGCCGGAGAUCCAGUGGUACCGAAAUGGGGCUCCUGUUUCUCCAUCAAAAUGGGUGCAAACACACUGGAGUGGAGAUCGGGCAACACUAACAUUUUCUCAUCUCAACAAGGAAGAUGAAGGUCUCUACACAAUCCAUGUACGAAUGGGAGAAUAUUAUGAACAAUACAGCGCUUACGUCUUUGUUCGAGAUGCUGAUGCAGAGAUUGAAGGAGCCCCAGCCUCUCCCUUGGAUGUGGUGUCCUUGGAUGCCAAUAAAGAUUAUAUCAUCAUCUCUUGGAAACAGCCGGCUGUGGAUGGAGGGAGUCCUAUUCUGGGAUACUUUAUUGAUAAGUGUGAGGUGGGCACAGACAGCUGGUCUCAGUGCAAUGACACACCUGUGAAGUUUGCUCGUUUUCCAGUCACUGGAUUGAUAGAAGGUCGUUCUUACAUAUUCCGAGUUCGAGCUGUGAACAAAACUGGAAUAGGUCUCCCCUCUCGUGUUUCCGAGCCUGUGGCUGCUCUGGAUCCAGCUGAGAAAGCUAGACUUAAAAGUCGCCCCUCAGCACCCUGGACUGGACAAAUCAUUGUCACCGUGGAGGAACCGACAGAGGGUAUUGUUCCUGGGCCCCCCACAGACCUCUCUGUCAUCGAGGCCACACAGAGCUACGUGGUGCUGAGCUGGAAGCCCCCCCGUCAGCGUGGCCAUGAGGGCAUCCUCUACUUUGUAGAAAAGUGUGAUGCAGGAACAGAAAACUGGCAGCAGGUGAACAUGGAGCUCCCUGUGAAGUCUCCCCGCUUUGCUCUGUUUGACUUGGCUGAGGGGAAAUCCUACCGUUUCCGAGUUCGCUGUUCCAAUUCAGCAGGAGUUGGUGAGCCCUCCGAGGCAACGGAAGUGACCGUGGUCGAGGACAAACUUGACAUCCCCAAGCCCCCGAGCAAUAUCAUCCCAAGCAGAAAUACAGACACAUCAGUUGUCGUUACGUGGGAGGAAUCCAAAGAUGCUAAGGAGCUGGUCGGGUACUACAUAGAGUCAAGCAUUGUUGGCUCUGGCAAGUGGGAGCCCUGCAACAACAACCCCGUGAAGGGCAUGAGGUUUACUUGUCAUGGAUUGACUACCGGUCAGAGUUAUAUUUUCCGGGUCAGAGCAGUUAACGCAGCUGGACUUAGUGAAUAUUCACAAGAUUCAGAAGCAAUCGAAGUAAAAGCUGCUAUUGCGGCACCAUCUCCACCCUAUGAUAUCACUUGUCUUGAAAGUUUUCGUGACUCAAUGGUUCUUGGAUGGAAGCAACCAGAUAAGACUGGAGGGGCUGAAAUUACGGGCUAUUACGUGAACUAUCGAGAAGUAAUUGACGGGGUACCAGGAAGAUGGAGAGAAGCCAACAUCAAAGCUGUCAGUGAUGAGGCAUAUAAGAUUAGCAACUUGAAGGAGAACAUGGUAUAUCAGUUCCAAGUGGCAGCCUUGAACAUCGCUGGCUUGGGAGCACCCUCGGCAGAAAGCGCAAGCUUCAAAUGUGAAGAGUGGACCAUUGCUGUUCCAGGACCACCGCACAGUCUCAAGUACAGUGAAGUCAGGAAAACCUCCCUGGUUCUGCAGUGGAAGCCUCCUAUCCACUCGGGACGGACUCCGGUCACUGGUUACUUUGUGGACGUGAAGGAGGCCAGUGCCAAAGAGGACCAGUGGCGAGGACUCAAUGAGGCGGCUCUGAAAAACACAUAUCUGAGGGUGCAAGGCCUCAAAGAGGGUGUCAGCUAUGUGUUCCGAGUCCGAGCCGUAAACCAGGCAGGUGUCGGGAAGCCGUCUGACCUUGCUGGGCCUGUUGUGGCAGAAACCCGUCCAGGAACCAAAGAGGUUGUUGUAAAUGUCGAUGAUGAUGGAGUCAUUUCCUUGAACUUCGAAUGUGAUCAGAUGGCUCCAAAUUCUGAGUUCACCUGGUCCAAAGAUUAUGUCUCCACGGAGGAGUCUCCACGAUUAGAGGUUGAAAGCAAAGGCAACAAGACGAAAAUGACCUUCAAAGACCUCGGGAUGGAAGACUUGGGCAUCUACUCCUGCGAUGUAACAGACACUGAUGGAAUAGCGUCAAGCUACUUGAUAGAUGAGCAAGAAUUGAAACGUUUACUUGCUCUCAGCCAAGAACACAAGUUCCCAACUGUCCCAAUUAAAUCAGAGUUGGCAGUUGAAAUUUUGGAGAAAGGCCAGGUCCGGUUUUGGAUGCAGGCUGAGAAGCUGUCUGGCAAUGCCAAAGUCAACUACAUAUUUAACGACAAGGAAAUUUUUGAAGGGCCGAAAUAUAAGAUGCAUAUUGACCGAAACACUGGUAUAAUUGAAAUGUUUAUGGAAAGGCUGCAGAAUGAGGAUGAGGGCACAUAUACUUUCCAGGUUCAAGAUGGAAGAGCAACUGGCCAUUCUACUCUUGUUCUCAUUGGAGAUGUUUAUAAAAAGCUCCAGAAAGAAGCUGAAUUCCAGCGUCAAGAAUGUAUCAGGAAACAAGGUCCACAUUUCGCUGAGUAUUUGAGCUGGGAAGUGACUGGUGAAUGUAAUGUACUAUUGAAAUGCAAGGUGGCAAAUAUUAAGAAGGAGACUCAUAUUGUGUGGUAUAAAGAUGAAAGGGAGAUAUCAGUGGAUGAAAAGCAUGACUUUAAGGAUGGUAUAUGUACCCUCCUUAUAACAGAGUUUUCAAAGAAAGAUGCUGGGAUUUAUGAAGUUAUCCUGAAAGACGACAGAGGAAAAGAUAAGAGCAGAUUGAAGCUUGUGGAUGAAGCCUUUAAAGAACUGAUGGCUGAAGUAUGUAAAACAAUAGCUUUGUCUGCAACAGACCUGAAGGUCCAGAGCACAGUUGAGGGCAUCCGGCUGUACUCUUCUGUUACUUACUACGUGGAUGAUCUGAAAGUUAACUGGUCCCACAACGGGACUGCUAUUAAGUACACAGACAGAGUUAAGAGUGGGGUCACCGGGGAGCAGAUCUGGCUGCAGAUCAACGAGCCCACUCCGAAUGACAAAGGGAAAUACGUGAUGGAGCUCUUUGAUGGUAAAACUGGACACCAGAAGACACUGGAUCUUUCUGGACAAGCAUACAACGAAGCCUUUGAUGAAUUCCAGAGAUUAAAACAAGCUGCCAUCGUGGAGAAAAAUCGCGCCCGGGUAGUGGGAGGUCUCCCCGAUGUGGUCACCAUCCAGGAGGGCAAGGCGCUUAACCUCACCUGCAUAGUGUGGGGUGACCCGACUCCAGAGGUCUCCUGGCUGAGGAACGAGAAGCCCUUGGCCUCGGACGAGCACUGCAACCUCAGGUUCGAGGCCGGCAAGACUGCCUACUUCACCAUCACCGGGGUCAGAACGUCCGACUCGGGCAAGUAUGGGCUGGUCGUGAAGAACAAGUACGGCUCUGAGACCGGCGACUUCACCGUCAGCGUGUUCAUCCCGGAGGAGGAGGCGAGGAAGGCCGCCGAGGAGCCCCCGAAGGGCAACAAGAAGGCCAAGUGACGGGAGGGCGAGUGGGCCGAGGGGGGCGAGCCACCCCGCACUGCCUCGGGCUACGUGUGUGCGAAGGGUUCGAGCUGAGCGCGAGCAAGUCCCCGUGCUUCCUACUCCCUAUUUUUGUGCUGGCUUUGGGGGUCGGGGGGAUUGUCAAAUCUUUAUUCAUAUAAGAAAGCACCGACUAACAACAUUUUAAUCGUUUUUCUUUACCUACAAAUUGUGUUAAGAAAAUAACAUUGGUAGCGCAAAUAUUAGGAAACAGUUUUAAGGCAAAGACCAGGAUAAAGUCAGAGGGACGUUGAAUGGGGGUGGGAGAAACGUGCUGUGGAGCCGUUUGGACUCGGCCAGCCUUUCAGCAGUCAGUUCUCCUGGUUCGCAGUGAGGCGGCAGCAUCCAGUCAGACAAGACAAGCUGUUAAGUCAACCAGUCUGUGUCCUGUGUUGUAACAAGAGCCGUGUGCGUUCUGUGGACAGCCUGGUGAUUUGGAAGCUCUCGGUCCUAAUAAACAGCUCACACCCCUCCG